GCUUAAAUGUUGAACAUUCAUUUAUAUGGUGCAUCUAGCUGUACAUGUUGGGAAACAAUUAUAUAAAAAUAUGUAUAUAUAAUAAAAAAUGUCUAAACAAAUUGAUUCACUUAAUACAAUUUGGUUCAUUUUGUUAACAGGUGCAGAACCAUGUUCACUAGAUGCCACACUUCACUACUAAUGGGAUUUUGCCCAGUGUGUACACUACCCUCAUUACGCAAUGCAAGUGGGACCAAUCUACUUUGCGACACCAAGAAAGUGCCAUGUGUUUUGGAUGUGCGCUGAAGGAACAGGAAUACAUAGAUUCUAUAUGAUUGACGAGUCAGAAAAGGUGGCGAUUGUGUCACAAGUUUGGUGCACCACUAUUUUUCUCACUUUGGCGCUGGAGAAAAACAUGCAGAGAAAUGUUUAUUUGCGGAUUCACUUUGACAAUGCUGUUGGGCAGAAUAAAAACAACACCAUUCUGGGCUAUUGCAUGUGGAGAGUGUUGACAGGUCUGCAUGAGUCUGUUUCCUUGAGUAUGAUGCUACCGGGACAUACCAAAUUCACGCCAGAUUGGCACUUUGGUGUGUGGAAAAUAAAAUGGCGCCAAUCAGAUGCUGAAUGUAUGGAGGACAUUGCUUACACAGUUAAAGCAUCUUCUAGGUCCGGGCAUAACAUUCCGCAACGCGUAAAUGAUCCAUCUAGACCGGUGGUGUUUUUGAACUGGAAGACAUUCUUCGAAAACUAUUUCAAACUUUAAAAAAAACAUCACAAAAUACUACCACUUUCGUUGCACUGCUGAUGAGCCAGGUGUUCUCAUUUGUCGAGAGUUCUGUGACUCGGAGGAAGUUAGAUUUAAUCUUCUAAAGGCAAGA